AUGGUGCUGAAGUCGAUUGAGCUCUGGAAGAAGAAGAAAAGGGUUGAUUUGUUAAAGAACAAGUUUGGAUUUUAUGAUUCUUUCAACUAUAAAGAAGAGCCCGACUUGACCGCAACUUUGAAAAGGUACUUUCCUAAGGGUAUUGAUGUGUACUUUGAGAAUGCGGGUGGAAAGAUGCUCGAAGCUGUCCUCCCUAAUAUGGCUCUCCAUGGAAGAAGUUUUAUUUGUGGAAUGAUUUCACAGUAUAAUCUUGAGAAGCCUGACGGGGUUCAAAACUUAUUUCUUCUUAUCACAAAACGUGUUCAGAUGGAAGGAUUUAUUCUUUCAGACCACUAUCACCUUUACCCAAAGUUCAUGGAAAUGAUGAAACAACAUUUCAAGGAAGGGAAGUUGGUUUACGUAGAAGAUACAGUGGAAUGUCUUGAGAGUGCUCCUGCUGCAUUGAUAGGUCUUUUUACUGGCCAAAACAUAGGGAGGCAGGUAGUCCGAGUUGCUCAUGAAUGA